UCCUGUGACAAUAACUGUAUAUAUAUAUUCUGCUGACUCUCAUUUUUCCAUUAUCCCUCAAACAAAGCACAAUCACACAAAGAGAAACAAUCACAAAAACACGCAGUAGAUGAGAACCAGGCGAGGGCUAUGCUAUCCUCGACUGCCCAACAUGUGUGCCGUGAAUAAUCGUAGGAGGAAGCCGGCGGCGGCCGCCGGAGAACAACCCGGAUGCCGGAAAAGGAUGCGGGCCUCGCCGGAAAACGGUGGAGGGUGUGAUUUGUUCGAAGCCUUGCCGGACGAUAUCGUCCUCUGUGUUCUCUGCAAACUCGGCUCCACCGCCGGCUGCCCCGCUGAUUUCAUCAACCUUCUCAUGACAUGCAAAAGGUUUAAUAGACUAGGGCUCCAUUCUCUGGUGUUAUCCAAAGCCUGUGAGAAGAUGUUGGCAGUGAAGGCCCAAAACUGGUCCGAGUCGGCUCACCGAUUCCUCAAACUCUGUGCCGAUUCCGGCAGCGUCGAGGCUUGUUACACUCUUGGCAUGAUUCGAUUCUACUGCCUGCAAAACCGAGGGAGCGGCGCAUCCCUGAUGGCCAAGGCCGCGAUUGCAUCGCACGCGCCGGCCCUCUACUCUCUCGCCGUCAUCCAGUUCAACGGAAGUGGCGGCUCCAAGAACGACAAGGACCUCCGCGCCGGCGUCGCCCUCUGCGCCCGCGCCGCCUUCCUCGGACACGUCGACGCCCUCCGGGAACUCGGCCACUGCCUCCAGGACGGGUAUGGCGUCCGCCGGAACGUCGCCGAGGGCCGCCGCUUCCUGGUCAAGGCCAACGCCCGCGAGCUCGCUCUCGUCCUCGUCGCCAACCCCUCCGCCGUCGUCCCCCGCUCCUGGCUCACCUGUAACCACCACCGACAGCCGGCCUCCGCUGGAGGCGGCUGCCCCCUCCUCAGCGAUUUCGGCUGCAACGUGCCGGAGCCGGAGGCCCACGCUGCCAACCGGUUCCUCUCGGGUUGGUUCUCCGGUCGGGCCGAGGACGGGCUGGGCUCGGGCCUCCGCCUGUGCUCGCACGCGGGCUGCGGGAGGCCCGAGACGCGGCCGCACGAGUUCCGGCGGUGCUCGGUUUGCGGUGCCGUGAACUACUGCUCGCGCGCGUGCCAGGCGUUGGAUUGGAAGCUCCGCCAUAAAAAGGAGUGCAGCCCUGCGGAGAGGUGGGGGGACGACGAGGAGGACGGCGGUUUUGACGGUGACGGCGAGGACGUUCUAAAUCUUAACGGCGAGGAAGAGAGUUGAAUAAUAUAGUUAACGGCGGUCGUCCAGUGGACUGUGAAUGUGACGGUAACGGCACGGGAGUCUUAGCGGGGGUGAAAGGAAAAAGAUAAAAGUAUGUUGGGGUGAAAAUGAAGGAAAGGGAAAGAUCUAAGGCCAAAUUUUUGGGGAAUCGAGUUUAAAAAUCUUGCGCCUAUGGUCAUGUUUUGUGUAGGGAAUGUAAAGUGUAGACCCGGCAAUUUUUAAAAUUUUUAAGUUUAGUCUUUUUCUCUUUUCAUUUUCUUUUCUAUUAUGGUUUUUUAAGCAUUUCUUGCUAGUAUUAUGUGGUAUAUUUUAUUGGAAUUGGAUCUUAGAAUUAAUCAAGAAA